GGGGGGGGCGGGGGCGGGGAGCGCUGAAGCAAACCCUAAUACAUAAUAGCCGGGCGCCUCCACAUCGGUUUGAUUCUUGAAAUUUCUGAUAUUCUUGGCCGCUAAGCUCUCCCCUUCCUCCCGUCGACAUGGUGAACGUUCCAAAGACCAAAAAGACUUACUGCAAGAGUAAAGAAUGCAGGAAGCACACCUUACACAAGGUAACACAAUACAAGAAAGGGAAAGACAGCCUUGCAGCUCAGGGUAAGCGCCGUUAUGACCGCAAACAGUCUGGAUAUGGUGGCCAGACAAAGCCUGUCUUCCACAAGAAGGCAAAAACCACCAAGAAAAUCGUCUUGAGGCUGCAGUGUCAGGCGUGCAAACAUGUAUCCCAACACCCAAUCAAGAGAUGUAAGCAUUUUGAGAUUGGUGGUGAUAAGAAGGGGAAGGGAACCUCUCUGUUUUAGGUGGAGAAAUAGGAUCUGCUGGCUUUUGCUAUUAUGUUUGGCUUUUCUUUUUUUUUUUUUCUUUUAAAGUAUGGGACAUUGUCUUCGCUUACAUUUCUUACAUGUAACGUAGUGUUUUCACUAGAUUUUUUGGGUUCACUUAACUGAACCUCGGUCAAAUCUGCAGUCAAUUUUGAUACUGUUCCUCUUAAAAUUUGAGGUUUUGAAUGGAAGAUGUAUUUUCCUUUAUUUUGGUCUUAAAUGAAACGGUCUCUGGGUCUAUUUCGUACCAGAAUGGUUAGAAUUAAAAUCCAAUGUGAUAUACGUAAA